ACGGGUGCAGGGAAGAUCAUGGGGCUGCUCAUCGGCGCUGUCCUGGCGGUCAGACUCGCUGGCAUGCCCGGAAGUAGUCCAGGAGGGAUUCCCGCAAUACUUUGUGUCACCAGAUUGGGAGGGAUGGCGGCGCCGAUCAUGGGUCUCCGGCUGCUGCUGGGGCUCUGACGGUUCACCUCUUGAGGCGGCUGCUCUCGAUGGAUCCCGUUGGGCGGGACACGUAUCGCCGUCCCGCCGCCUUCUCCCCUUCCUCCGCGGUCAACGCGCUCCGUAUGCUGCCUUCCAGCGUCCGGUCCGGGUUCCGCUCUCGCUAAGGAGCCGUGUUUGUUGGGUGAAGGACCGGGCGACCUCACGUUACCAUCCUGCAUGCCGUGACUCCGCUUCAGUUGGCGGGCGCUUGCUAUCAAGAACUCGAUCUGAUUAGCCCCCUCGUAGUUAACGCAACCGCGACAGACCACCUCGCUAAAGUCCCACACCACGGUCCACGGCAUCUUCGGCAGGUCGCACAAGUAGCACCACUGGCGCCUGGACGACGAAGACGGAGAGGACAUGGCUGGCCAGCGGGCCACCUGGCACACCUGUUCGGGCUCCAACAGCCAGCUAGCACGCUUACGUGCUAACACAGGUUAGCAGCGUUAACCUAUUUUCGGCUCGACAGGUGUACGCCCCUUUCUUUUCUGCAAACUUUCCUCUUUAGCAGGGUCAACACGAGUUUAGAACAACAUUACGGGUUAUAAACAUGAUAAUUUGUGUCAUAUAUUAGAGUCGUUUUCGCAGUUUUUCUUAAUUUUGCUUUGUUUAUCCAGUUCGGCCUACUUCUCGCUCCUGUCAACUGUUUUCCCCCAAACGACGCUGGUAGGUUACGUAAUCGUUCGAAUGGCAUUAUGGGGGUUUGAGUUUUUGGGCUCAGGGUGACCAACGCAAACUGAUUCGUGUCAAACCUUAAAGCGGAACUACAGUCCGAUAUGACACGGAAGUGGUUCUUGAAGUCUGGAAUUACUUCAGGUUAACACAUGUGUCCUCCCACUUCAGAGCCAUGCGUGUUGAACUAAAAAACGUUUACAUUAGCAGCUAGCUUAUAUUUUAAAUGCGUAAAAAUGCCAAAAGACAUAUCAUCAUCAUCUUCAUCUUCAAGCGAGGAUGAAGAGGAUACUGGUGCCAUGGAAACAACUGCGCCUCAGGGAGAAACCGAAAAGAAGAACAGGAGGUUUGAGUGUCCCGAGGAGUUUGUGUCGUUCUGCCACGUCCCCUGCAGGAGCACGCUGGCAGACAAUCUGAGGAACAACCAGAACGAGUUGUGGCUCAUUAAAGCUCCUGCCAGCUUCGACCCUCAGCGCUUCAGCGGUGUUAAGGUUCCCCUCACAGGCCUGCAGACCCUGAAGGUUCCUUCCGCCUCCACCGGUGGGUCCAGCCAGCAGAUCUACAGCGUCCUGGCAUCGACCCGCUGCCCCGCAGAUCUUCACCUGCUCACCAGCGAUAAUCAGACAUCGGACGGCUUCGUCUUCGCUCCCGCGUUUUCCGGCCUGCUGAGCAUCUGCGAGAGCUACGGAGAAAGCAGCACCAACCAGGUCCCUCACGUCAUUCCUGCCGCUCCGCCUCCCUCCAUACCCCCCGGCCUCAAACAGCGCUUCCACCCCUUCGGCAGUAAGACCCCCACUCUCACCUACGUGGCCGAGGACGAGGCGGAUGGUGCUGCGUUUGGACCUUCGUCCACCACCCUCCGGCCUCUGGUGAUGAAGCAGUUCAUUGAAGAAGGGGGUUCUGUGGACGACGAUGACAAUGAGGAGGAAGGCAGGAAAAAGAAAAAGAAGAAGAAAAACAAAGAGAAGCGGAUAAAGUCGGAACAGGUGGAGCUUCUGCUGAAAGUGAAGCGGGAACCUUUCGAUGAAAUCCCGGAUGAACGUAUGACCGAAGUCCCCUUCCAGGACGACGUCCAGCAGGCUGAGAAGACGACGACGAAGAAGAAGAAGAAAAAGAAGAAGGAGGAGGACAGGGAGCGAGAGGAGAUGGAGGAGGGACUGGAGCCCAGUGUCAGAGUCAAGGUGGAACCAGUUUCUGUGAAAUGUGAACCGCUGGACAUUUUAUAUGGCGACACAGCAGAGAGCUCAGGAAAGAAGAAGAAAAAGAGCAAGAAAAGGAAACUGGAGGAGGACUAAUUGUUUGGACAUUUAUUGCAUCUUUUUAAAUGUAUUUUGCAAACAUGAAUGCUUUAAUCAUAUGAAGUUAUGAAGCUCAUCUAUUUUGAAUCUUUAAUGAUGUUUUCCUCACAUUUUAACCUCGGUGAUGCAACAGCAGCUUUAGGAAGAAGUGACGGAUGGAAAAUAAGGAAGUUUUGUUCCAGUUCCUGUCAGCUGGUGGUGGAUUUAUGGCUUUAAAGCCACUCUGUCGAUGUAUCCAUUCACACAACCAACGGCGCUGCUCUGGCAGCCCAGCUGAUGAAGACGUAAUGAGACGGUGUCGCCAUGAGAUUUACUGGUUGUUUUUCAGCUGAAUGUUUCAUGCAUGAUAUGUAGACACAAACUCUGGAACUGAAUAAAAGUUUAACGAGAGGAAAAA